AGGAACAGACCCGCUCUCGACAGCGUCGUGGUCGUGGUGGUUCGGGGAGCGGCUCCAUUUCGGGUUCCGCAUCGCCCUACAGCUCCUACCAGACAUCUCCCUCUCCAUUUCCCUCUCAUUCUCCUCCCGCUCCCGGUGUGGCACCCACUCCUGCUCCUGCUCCUGCUCAUCCGGCACUUCUGAGAGUUGCGGAGUUUGUUCGACAGCCGGGUCGUGACCAUCUUCCAUAUCUCACUCAGUAUCCACGCGGACGGGGUCAGACAUGGUAAUUAAACCUAUUUUUUUUUCAUUAAAAUUUGAUUCAUUUUAAAUAAUUAAUUCUUUUUAUUAGGUUCGACCGAUCCGGGAACGGGAUCAGCGGAUGGAUCAACAGUAUGAUGUACUCGUCCCUCGAGAAUGGACAUCCGACUUUCACCGACUUCCCUCUCGAGAAGCAGCAUAUGUGGUUUCAACAGUUUGCGCAACAAUUCAACUGGAAUGCCGAUGAUACGUUGUUUAUCUAUUACCACUUCGUCCAUAAAGUUAUGGACAACUAUGGGAAGCAGAUGCACUCGUGGAAGAAGAAGUGGGAAAUAAACAAGGUUCCAAAGGGGAUGGACCCGACGGUCUGGCGGGAGUUGGGUGUGCAUUGGAGUAAGAACGAAGUGAGAGCAACUUCUUCCACCAACUCCACCAACCGCAAGAGCGACCGUAAGGGGAAGGGCAUGUACGUCCAUAACUUGGGUGCUCAAUCUUUAGCCAUUCUGGGGGAUCGCUUGGUAAGCUUGUCGGUUUUUAUUAUACUAUUUAAGAUUCUAAUAUUUUUUUGUGCAUUUCUUUUAAUUACUAAUGUUUGUUUAAUUUAUGUUUUUUUCAAGGCGGAAGAAAAUGAGGGGGAGCCGGUUGAUCAUCUCCACCUAAUAAAGACGGCGUAUACCAACAAGAAGACCGGCGAGAUUGAUGAUGAUGUUGUGAGGGAUGUGGUCACCCUCAUCGACAGUCAGAUGGAACAGGAAGUGUCUCAGCUUCAAACCGAGGAUGACGAUUCGACGGGAUCGACCGACUUGCCUCGGGUUCGGAUCAACCAAAUCGUUGAAGCGUCGGUUCCAAAGAAGAAGGGCCGUUUGUUCGGUUUGGCUCGUCGGUCUCCCUCGGUUCCGUCUGCUUCUGCACCACCAUCGUCCUAUGUUGAUCAAGAAGUCCUUCUGAGUCAGAUGAGGGACAAGGAUGCUCGCAUAUCUGCGCUGGAGUCCAUGGUGGCGAGUCAAGAGGCGGGCUGGGAGGCACAGAGGAAGCUGAACGAGCAAAUGAUGGCGAUGAUGAGGAGCAUGAACCCGAACGCCAACGUGGACUUCCCGACCAUGCCAGACUCGGACUUCCAAACCCCAUAG